AUUACUUUGUUUGGACACCACCAAUUGAUCUUCAAGGCAAUUCUGCAGUUCCCGCACAAUACAGGAAUGUAUGUAAAAAUCAAGUUCAACAUCUGACCUAUGGAGGGCAGUACUACGCUGAUCAGCGUCUAAACUGCCGGAAUCAGUCAGAAGAAUAGUUAGAUUUUGCUGCUCCCGCCUUUAUUAUGUCCAUGCUCCCGCCCUAUGCUCCCGCCGCCCAGCAAGUUUUUGUUAACAAUGGUUAGAAAGUGUUUUCUUGGUUGUGAAGGGACCUCUCCCUUGUAUGGUUUGCCAAAGGCAGAGCCUUCACGUAGCCGUUGGCUAGAUUUCAUUUUUAACCCUAUUCCCCCGACUUUACCGAGCCUUUUUCUGUGUCGCCUCCACUUCACGGAUGGCUGCUUCAGCAACCUGCGUUUGUUCAGCAAUGGAUUUGCGAAACUGCUAGCUCUUAGGGAAGAUGCUGUUCCAACACUUUGUGGCCCAAUGGGUGAAGAUGCCUCUCAACAUGUAAGUAAACCUAUAGUGAUAAUAACAAAAGUGGCUGUGUUGUGUGUGUAAGCUUAAUGUUAGUUGGGGUAUUUACCCUACCAUUUCCUACCAUAAAAUAAUCCAUUCUGUAGCUAGCUGCUAGUCUUGUCGCGAUGCUGGUUAAUCUUCCACAUUUUUCGCGGGAUCUCAAACUACAAUUCUAAACUGUCUAUGAGAGCUAGCCUUUGCUAUGUGAAGUGUUACUAUUAGGUGGGUUAAAUGGUCACAGUUCCUGUUUCAGAUGUUGUUAGUGUGUACUCUGUAAAUUCAUUUUCGUCGUGAUUUAUGUGUGAUAAUUUUAGCAGGACUGCAGCGCCCAUUAUCGCCCCUUUGAACACGUCGGAUGCCAGACUGACACGCCUCAGAGUAUAUCGACGGGAACCCAAACAAACUCACCGGUGGGAAUGCAUUCUGUGGGAAUACAAAGUGCACGGUUGAAGUCGACAUCAGUCGGCACACAGUUGUCCAUGGGAUCGCUAAAGGCACACGUAAGAAGCAAAGCCAUGCAGACACAGGUGUCUCCAGUCAGUGCAGACUUCGGAACAACCGCUCAUUUGCAAGACUCACUGCUGACUUCAACCCCAAUAAAGGGCCCAGGCUGGCGACCUAGCAAAAGACCACGGCUUGAGUUGGAGGAAGAGGAGGAGAGUGACUCCUCAAAUGAAUCACAUAAAGAUCCGCUGGACUCGACAUACAACCCUGGUGACUCUGUUCUUACAGAGGAAACUGACGUCUCGUAUGAGACACAGCCCACACCGAAUGAGGCUAAGUAUAUUGUCUUUGAAAGCUGCCUCAAACAGCUGUUAGAAAACUGCCCCGUGUGUAAGGGAGGCUGUGAUCUUCAACAGCGAAGGAUCGGUACCUAUGUGGCUUUCACUCAGAAAUGUCUACACUGCAGCUACUUCAGACAUUGGGAGAGUCAGCCCAUGGCUGGAAAUACCCCCAUCGGCAACCUGCAACUUUCAGCUGCUCCCUACUUCACAGGGUCCUCCUUCAUCCAACUACAAAAGGUGUGUGAGGCCAUGCAACUCCAGAUAUUUCAGUAUGACACCUUCAGGAGGCAUGCAAGGAAUUACAUGGAACCGGCUAUUGUUCACAAGUGGAAGAUGGAUCAGCAGCAUCAUUUCCAGCAACAGUUGCGCCUUGGUGGGUCAGUUGCAGUGGGAGGAGAUAUGAGGGCAGAUUCUCCAGGGCACUCAGCUAAGUUUGGCAGCUACUCAUUAAUGAAUCUGGAGAGCAACACCAUUAUGGACAUUCAACUUGUUCAGAGCAAUGAAGUAGGCGGCAGUUACCACAUGGAGAAGGAGGGACUCAAAAGAUGCCUAGAUCAUGAAUUUUAG